CCAACUUUUUGUCCUCUACAAUCCAGAAGACGAGAUCUGAUUACGAGAGAAAUCUGACGAUGAAAAGUAACAGAAAGAAGUUUUUUAAGUACGUUCGAUCCCACAUGAACGCAAAAAUCAGUGUCCCUAUUGUGAAAAAUUCAUCUGGAGUUGUAAGUGCGUCACCGGCCGAAUCGGCUGAUAUUCUAGCGAGUCAUUUCUCAUCGGCAUUUGUGGAUGAACCUCAGGGCGCUGUCCCCUCGAUGCAUACCGCCAGAACAACAUCUUGCUUAGAUGACAUAACCAUCACUAGAAACAUGGUGGAAAGAUAUCUUUCUAAUUGUAGGGAAGGUUCGUCACCUGGUCCUGAUGGGAUAUCCACAUCGAUACUUCGACGUUGCGCACAAGCCUUAUCCGAGCCUUUGUGCAUUAUAUUUAGAAGAUCUCUAUCGACAUCCAGUAUUCCCAAGCCUUGGUCAUCUGCUUUGAUAACACCUAUCUUCAAGGGUGGGGACAAACUGUCAGCUUGCAAUUACCGCCCAAUAAGCCUCCUGUCGACAGUUUCCAAAGUACUGGAGAAAAUAAUUAGCGACCAGGUACUUGAGUUUGCAUCACAAAAUAACUUGAUCCCCAAGGAGCAACAUGGUUUUCUGCCCCGGAGGUCAACACUCACUAACUUGCUCACUUGUAUUGAUGACUGGAGUAGGGCACUUGACAUGGGCAUUCCAAUGGAUGUGGUGUAUCUCGACUUCGCGAAGGCCUUUGACAGAGUCCCUCAUCGGCGUCUUCUGCAUAAGUUGGAACACAUGGGGAUCCGGGGGAGACUACUGGAGUGGUUCCGAUCUUUUUUGUCGGAUAGGUCAUUUCGUGUACGAGUUGGUGGUGAUCUGUCUACGUCCGCGAAAACUGUUAAGAGUGGUGUCCCACAAGGCUCGGUUCUGGGCCCACUUCUUUUUAUUUUAUAUACAGCCGAUUUACCUGCAUCAAUUAGAUCUCGAUAAUCUAAGCAGUUGGUGCCAGAGGUGGAUGAUGCCCCUGAAUUUGAGCAAAUGCUGUGUUAUGCACAUAGCAAAGAACAACCCUCGGGCCCCCUAUUACAUCGAUGGGGUAAGACUUGGCACAGUGACUCGCCACUUGGAUCUCGGUGUGACUAUAGCGGAAGAUUUGAGCUGGUCGGACCACAUCGCGUCAGUAUCAACAAAGGCCAGACAGAUGAUCUACCUCUUCAGCAAGGCAUUCCCAAACACUGAUGUUGUCUCCUGGGGCAUGAUUUAUAAAUCUUAUAUUCGACCGAUAAUGGAGUAUGCUGGUCCGGCUUGGUGGACUUCUUUGCGAGGCGAGGUGGAUGGGUUGGAGUCUGUUCAGAGAUGGUGCACCAGAAUUCCCUACGGUGUUAGGAGACCUGACUACGCAACAAGGUUGAGAGUGCUCGAUAUGCCCACAUUUGAACAACGACGUGCGAGAGGCGACUUAAUAUUCUCCUACAGAGCGGUCCAUGGUCACUUUGGUCCGGAUAUUAUGAAUAUGUACCGUAUGAACACGAACAAUCUACGGGGCCAUGGAUUUAAGCUCGCGAAGGAAAAAUUCAGGACUACCCAGAGGCAAAUGUUUCUGUCAAACCGAGUGUUCAAUGUUUGGAACUCCUUGCCUGAAACCGUCGUAGAAUCGUCUUCAGUGAAUGGAUUCAAGAACAGCUUUGACAGAUGGGUGACCUCGUCGAGAUGACGGUGUUUCUAUAA